AUGUCAGCUCUGAAGAGAUUUGUGCCUUGGUCGAAGAAGAAGAUUGCGCCCAGUGAAGAUCAGGCUGGACAGUAUGCGUCCCCGGAUAUCAUGCUUGCCAGGUCGAACGCGAAAUUACAGAAGCGAGGAAAAGGGAGGACUUUCUGGCGGAGCAGUGCAAAUCUUGCCGACAGCAGCGAUGGCUCCUCUCCCCAGUCAAGCAGAACGAAUUCCUUCGAGCCCGGAGAGUCGUUACUGGACUUUGAUGUCGAGGCACGGGAGAUGGAAGCUUUACGGCAAAGUCACAGGCCUCGAACUUCUGCUGGCCACCGAUCAUCUGUAGUCGGCGACGGCUCGAUGGCGUCGAAGCUGGGACUGAGCACUGUCAACAUGGUACCGCCUCGCCACAGGCGCGAGCCAUCCAAUGGCAGCAGCUCUACUUCAAGUCUUCCCCGAGCACUGCACAUCCCGGCCAUAUCUGAUCUAGACUGGGGUCAGCUGGACGAUAAUGAAGCUCGAGCUGUCUUCGCAAAAUACAGCAAGCAGCCUCUUUUCCAUAAUAAUUCAUCGAGCAACGAGGCUUUGCAAAAGUCAUGGAUCAGCGACUCUUCCAGUCCCGUCGACAGCGCGUUGAAUAUGCCCGGCAGGUACCCUCCGUCGUAUAGCGGCAAAGGCAAGGGGCGAGCUUUGGACGAUGGGUCAGGCGAUCACAACUCGAUGCAGGCGCAUCAGCUUGAACGAUGGAUGUCGCAGCAAUGUCAGCUGGCGGAAACCUCCCCGCUCGACUCAGAUGACGAAGAAAAUCGUCUCGAAGCGCAACGAUUACAGAAGCAGCUCGAGGAAGAAGCUGAGGAGGAAGCUCGAUUGGCUGCAGCACGCAAGCCUGAGCGUGACUGCAAUGUGUGUGGCGAGAUCAAAGAUGUCUUCGACUUUCCUGCCAAGGCGCCAGCAUCGAAAUGUGAGCAUCACGCCACGACCUGCGUAGAAUGCCUGGAAUCAUGGAUGGCUUCCGAGUUUGAGACUAAAGGCACGGAGAGUCUGAAGUGUCCCGAGUGUCCAUCAAUACUGGAGUACGAAGAUGUGCAGCGUGCCGCAUCCUCAAACACCUUCUUGGCCUACGACAAAAUGGCAACAAGAAAUGCUCUAAGCGCUUUAGACGAGUUCGCCUGGUGUCUCGGACCGUCCUGCGACAACGGCCAGCUGAACCCAGAGAACAACAACUUCAUGGAUUGCGCAUCGUGCGGCUACAAACAAUGCCUGAAGCACAAAGUGCCGUGGCACAAGAACGAAACGUGCGACCAGUAUGACUAUCGCACCUCAGGCAAGAAGGCAAAGGACGAGGAAGCGAAGACUGAGGCCAUGCUCAAUACGAUGAGUAAACAGUGUCCAAACAAGAAGUGUGGAUGGCGCAUUGAGAAGACUGGUGGGUGUGAGCAUAUGACUUGUAAAAGGUGUGCGCAUCAGUUCUGUUGGCAAUGUCUGGCCGACCACAGCCGGAUCAAGAUGGAAGGCAAUACGGCUCAUGAGACAUGGUGUAAGUUUCAUUCGGACUCGCUCAAUGCAUCCUGGCCUUUCAACGCACACUGA